ACCUCUCUCUCUCUCUCUCUCUCUCUCUCUCUCUCUCUGAGAACAGAUUUGGUGCGAGAGAGACCGAUUUCGCAUUCCGUCGCCGGAAAAAAUGGCGGUCAAUGCCUCAUUCGCCGCCGCGUUUAUCGUCGGAAUAUCUCUCAUAUUCGCCGCCGCCGCGGAGGAUCCGUACAGAUUCUUCGACUGGAACGUCACCUACGGCGACAUUUACCCGCUCGGCGUCCGUCAACGGGGUAUUCUGAUAAACGGGCAGUUUCCCGGACCGGAUAUUCACUCGGUGACAAACGACAAUCUCAUCAUCAAUGUGUUCAACAGCCUCGACGAGCCUUUCCUUAUUUCAUGGAACGGGAUUCAGCAGAGGAGGAACUCGUUUCAGGACGGAGUGUACGGAACGACAUGCCCGAUUCCUCCGGGAAAGAACUUCACCUACAUUCUUCAGGUGAAGGAUCAGAUCGGAAGCUUCUACUACUUCCCCUCUCUCGCAUUCCACAAAGCCGCCGGUGGAUUCGGCGGCAUCCGUAUCCUCAGCCGCCCCAGGAUCCCCGUCCCAUUCCCCGAUCCCGCCGGCGAUUACACCGUGCUCAUCGGCGACUGGUACAAGUCCAACCACACGGACUUGAGAGUACAGCUUGAUAGUGGUAACAAGCUUCCUUUAGCAGAUGGAAUUCUCAUCAAUGGCCGUGGAAGCGGUGCCACCCUUAAUGUUGAACAAGGGAAGACUUACAGGCUGAGAAUAUCCAAUGUUGGGCUACAAAACUCUCUCAACUUCCGCAUCCAAAACCACAAGAUGAAGGUCGUCGAAGUUGAAGGGACGCACACUCUUCAGACAACUUUCUCUUCUCUGGAUGUUCAUGUCGGACAAUCUUACUCGGUCCUCGUUACAGCAGACCAGCCAGCACAAGAUUAUUACAUCGUGGUUUCCAGUCGAUUUACCUCACCAGUCCUCACAACCACCGGGGUUCUCCGGUACAGUAAUUCCGCUGGACCUGUCUCUGGACCUAUUCCCGGUGGACCCACCAUCCAGGUCGACUGGUCUUUGAACCAGGCCAGAGCAAUCAGGACUAACCUUACAGCCAGUGGGCCAAGGCCAAACCCACAAGGCUCCUACCACUAUGGUAUGAUAAACACGACCAGAACGAUCAGACUUGCUAGCUCCGCUGGUCAGGUCAAUGGCAAGCAACGAUAUGCUGUGAACAGUGUAUCGUUUACCCCGGCGGAUACCCCGUUGAAACUUGCGGACUACUUCAAGAUCGAUGGUGUUUUCCGUGUCGGAAGCAUAUCUGACCAUCCCACCGGUGGAGGAAUAUACCUUGACACAUCUGUCAUGCAGGCUGAUUACAGAGCCUUUGUGGAAAUCGUAUUCGAGAACCCCGAGGAUAUCGUCCAGAGCUGGCAUCUCGAUGGCUACUCUUUCUUUGUUGUCGGAAUGGACGGAGGGCAGUGGACACCCGCGAGUAGAAACGAGUACAACCUUCGCGAUGCAGUCGCGCGCUGCACCGUCCAGGUGUAUCCAAACUCGUGGACGGCGAUAUACGUAGCGUUGGACAACGUAGGGAUGUGGAACGUGAGGUCGGAGUUCUGGGCAAGACAGUACUUGGGACAGCAGUUCUACUUGCGUGUCUACACGACAUCAACUUCCCUCAGAGACGAAUACCCGAUUCCGAAGAACGCUCUUCUCUGCGGCCGAGCCAGCGGACGCCGCACUAGGCCGCUCUGAUGAACUCCCCGUCUCGGAGUUUUUCCAGAUGAAUGAGAGAGGGAAAACAUAAAAGCUUCAAGGUUGCCUUUUGAAAUUGGCCUCUAUAUAUAUAUAUAUAUAGUUAGCGAUCUCAGCUCGAGGUCUCUCAUUCUUUGCUUCCAUCUUAUAACUUUAUUGUUAUGAUAUCUAUAUAUAUAGUUCCUUGUUUUUUUUUUUCAAAUGGAUUCGGGUAAUGGAAGUGUUGAGUUUUUAAAACAGUAUAUUAGAACUCUCUCCACGGAAACUAUGGGGGAGAUGGGGCAUUCUAAUU